AUGUUGAUUGCUGCCAAUGGGAAGGAGUUAUUUGUAGCAAAAAAAAGUGGCCAUGUGGUUCAACUUCACCUUCAAAAUUCUGCCCCUAUAGUUGAUGAUCUCAUUGAUGCUGAGUUUUUCUCUGAGUUUGAGCACGGUAAUGAUGGGGGUGAUCCUAAAUCAGCAUUUAGUGGUCUUUAUAAUCUAAAGCACCUAGACAUGACUAAUGUGGACCUUAGUGCAGCAUCUAAUUGGCUAGAGGUGCCUAAUAUGAUCCCUUCUUUGGUUAAAUGGAUUUUUGGUCUUACUACACUUGUUUCUCUUGAUUUACGUGGGAAUUCGUUUGAAUUUCCAUGGAUCAGAGGUCAUUGGAACUUGACUUCUCUCCAUCACUUGGAUCUUUCUGAGAACGGUUUGAAUGGCUCAUUACCAGAUGAGAUUACUCGUCUUAAUAAUCUCAUUUCUUUCAACCUUGGCAACAACCAAUUCGAAAGCUGCUUGGAUGGAAUUUGGAAUUGGAGUUCCCUUACAUCUUUGGAUCUAUCCGAUAACGACCUCUCUAUCUUUCUCCCAAGCCUAUUAUCCACUUUAACUUCCCUUGUUUCACUUGUUCUUAGCGACAAUGACUUUCAAGGUUAUAUCCCAGGUUCAAUUGCCAACAUUUCCAGCCUUCGGUAUCUUGAUCUAUCUUUAACAAUCUUAGCUCCUCUUUGCCAAGUGAACUAUUCGCAUUGA